ACGCGUUCGCAAAGAAACCCAAGUCUCUGGAAUUGGGGUAGGCUUAGUCAAGCCUCCAACUGAGCUUUAAAACCAACCGUAUUCUCGGUCAUACGCUUUCGAAGCUCGCUCUUAUAUAUAUAUAUAUAUAUAUAUAUAUAUAUAUCCAUCAGUGCUUCAUAAACAACGAUCAACCACCUCUCGUUUUGUUCCUCUUCAUGUAGUUCACCUUAUAUAUUAUUACUGGGCGCUGCAUAUAGAAAAAGCUAAUAAAGAAGAUAUGACUUAUCUAUCUCUACGCAGAGGUUGGUCAACUAUGUCGGUGGUCUUGCUGGCUUAUGUAUCCAUCUUUUUACUCUCAAAUGCCGGUUGUGGCGGUGGUGUGGCUGCUGCUCGGUUCCGAACCACCAGUGCUCUGUCGUCUAUUAAUCUUCUUGCAAAAGGAAUUGGGAAAACUCCUCCUAUGGGAUGGAAUAGUUGGAACCACUUUCACUGUCAAAUUGAGGAGAAAUUGAUUAGAGAAACAGCGGAUGCAAUGGUGUCGUCGGGACUUGCCGCAAUAGGAUAUGAAUACAUAAAUCUAGAUGAUUGCUGGGGUGAACUUAAUAGAGACUCUAAGGUAUAUAUAUGUAUUCUAUAUAUACACUAG